CGUCAGAAUUUUGAGAUUUUUGAGCAAGCGCCGGCUGUGGUAACGGCGGAUACGAUACCUUAAUAUUUUAUUUCUUUUGUGUUAAUGUUAAUAUAAACAAACUUCAAAAUAGCAUGAAUUAAGCUGCGUGUGAACUGCGAAAUAAAAAAGUCUCAUUUAAAAGCUUUUAGCCAUGGCUUUGGAUCUUAUGACCAGGUUCUACACCUGCUUAAACUACCCGCUGUUAGACAAACUGAAAGCGCUGACAACGAUUAUAGAUCAAUCCAGCCCCAGCAAAGACCUACAAGCAAUAUUUCCUCAACUGAUCAACAAUAUAUUUGCUUCAUCAUUUUCAAAUGGCUGGGGAUUGCGCUCCGCGUCCUGGGACACGGACAGAUAUGAAUAUGAACUGUUGAUUAGCUUCUUGGAGCCGCAGGGCCCCAUGUUCAGGCUAUGUUAUAAGCUGUUGCUGGAUCCUCAGCUAAAAUACCAUCUGCCAUUAAGUUCUCUGCCAAUGGAGCUGCAGUUGACAUUAGAAAGAGGAAGGUGUCCUCAGUUCUACAUGGACAUGCUGACAACUGAUCCACAGUCACUCAAUGCAGUGGCUUUAGCUCUCAAUCCAUUUGACUUUUAUAUAUUCAACUUUGCUCUUCACCUGGUGAGCUACAGCCCAAACAAGAGCUCAUGGGAAAAUUGUGCAUAUUUCGCGCUGGCCUGCGAUUACCUGAUGCACUUCUUACCCUCUGACCCUAAUGUGCCUGUGUUGCCUCAUAUACCCAACUAUUCGGGAAAAGUACAUAUGGCGGCACCAUUGCAAACAGCUAACAGACCAUUCAGCCAACAUUCACCAUCUCUGCUGAUAUUACCGGACCUGCCCGGAAUAAGCAAUCAACACACACCACCACAGAAUCAAUCGAAAAACGAAGUGUGGCGUUCAGAGACUGUGCUGCAAGUAUUCAUUGAUGUUUGGAUGAGUGUGGACCAGUUUAACGCAAGAAAUAUUGAAAUGUACCAAAAGAACUACAUAAACGCCAAUUCUAGUCCAGAGCGUGUACGCACUGUGCGAGUGCUAGUCAAACACAUCCACUCCUUCUCUGCAAAACACAUAUCAGACCCGGCGGGUCGCUCGGACGGGUUGCGGACGUACGCUCGGCAACUCAUGUGCGCGCGGGCUUACCAUUAUAUAAAGCAUAUGGUGUCGACUUGGCCGUUAGAUGCUUCGUUUAGACUGGUCAUGGAGCUGUGGUUGAGCCUGAUACAGCCGUGGAGGUAUACGGAUAACGCUAUCAAUCAAGACAGGUUCCCUCAGGCAAACAACAACCAACAAGAGGAAGGCAGUACGCACGCAGCACUCGAUGCUAGCUUCACGCAGUACAUUGCUGAGAACUUCCCUGCUUACACCUGCAUACUACAGCUGGUGCUGCCCCGGUUCAUGGUGCUUGAUCUGACGUCUUACAAAAAUGCGGUUAUGCUGUUCCGAUUGGGAAAGGUAUUUUCUCAGCAACACCUAGUUCCGAUAUUGAAAGGAUUAGAAAAGGCGAUAACUGAAAAUAAUUCCGGUUUUUACGCUAGUCCCGAAUCAAGUUAUAACACCUCUGCAUUUGAUUCAAGUUUCUCAUACAACGGCAUGGCUCUCCACAAAUGGGUCGCAAUCGCCAGACAGGCCAUAUCUGAAUUGAACAUGUCUCCCAAUUUCGAGUACGAGCCCAUAUGGAGUGAAAACAAGAAACAAAACUCGUUAGACUUUGUCAAGAAGAUAGUCGCAGCUAAAUAUGCCAGCGAGAAACAUUUAGAAGACCUCGAGAAACGAAUGAAUCAACAACAUAAAGGAUUAUGGGCUAGUUUCAAGCACUGGCUCAUGCUGACUCCAGACGACGAAGAUUCGCAGGCCCUGGAGGAAUGCAAAAAGGUCCCGAACUACCUGAACGCUACCAUACACUUCUUUGCUGAUAUAUUUGGGUUGCAAGAAUCGUCAUUGCUGCCCCUUGAUCCAGUAGCGGAGGAUAUCACGGAACACUCUUCAUUUGCAAACCAAACACAAUUCUCGCAAUCUAUCACAAACAAGCUACGCGACAAGUCAAAAAGCAUUACUUACAUGGGCGACCCAGACCUCAUGCCUAUAGCCACGUAUGAGAGUACGAUAUUGGUGCGAAUGUUGUAUCAGAUAGCGUCCAGACUGAAUGAAGUGUACCACGACGAAUUCAUCAACCUUUGGAACAGAAACGACUUCUGGGGCCACGUGGCCCGCGAGAUACUACAACAGCCCUGCACCAUCCACUCCUACGCGCGCGACGCCACCAACCACCAAAACAUCGUCAGCCAAAACCUGCCCCCUCGUUUAUCUUUACGCAAACUUGGCUCACAAGCCUUUGUCUUCUGGGUUGUUAUAGGCUAUUUGUUUUUAAGAAUAUUCUAUUCGGCCAGUGGAGUGUUUUAUAUUUUUAUACUGUUUAUUAUGUGGGCGUGCCUAGUUUUAACGAAGGCGACUUGUAAAAUGUUGAGGAUCAUGAGAGCGUAGUGUUAAGAGAAAAAAUGAAUUACUUUUUUUAAGUUGC